ACCGUCUUCUUCUCUCUGGCUCCCCCUUUUAGUAUACGAGUUUCUUUCUAGGGUUUCCUCCAGAUUCAUCUACCAAAUUCUUGCUCACGCAGAAGCAUCGAAGCUCUCAAUUCUGGAGAAACUUUGAGGGUUGUCGUUCACUCUCCAUAGAAGAACUGUUUCGUGGAGUGGGAUUAGUGUUUCUAUGCGUGAUGGCGAUCGAGAAGAGUAACGUAAAGCUCUCUAGGUUUGAUUCAGAGUACUCUCAUGACAGUGAUGAAUCUAUGUCAAGUUACCAAGGAGAGGACAGGCUUGAGCUGCAACGUAAAACCUCAGCGGUUAAUGUUGAUUCUGAGGCUGAUGAUGAUGGGUUUGUUGAUGAUGAUUCUGGAGCAGGCUCUGAUGAUUUUGAUCUGCUUGAAUUGGCUGAAUCUGGUGCUGAGUUCUCUCAGGUUGGGAACGUGACUUGUAGCGUUCCUUUUGAGUUGUAUGAUCUCUCUAGUCUUGAAGAUAUACUCUCUGUUGAUGUUUGGAACGAGUGUCUCACUGAGGAAGAACGGCUUAGCCUCUCAUUUCAUCUUCCUGACCUUGAUCAGUUCACGUUUAUGCUUACUCUGAAACAGCUUUUUGAGGGUCGUAAUUUCCACUUUGGCAGUCCGGUUAAGAAACUGUUUGACAUGUUGAAAGGUGGGCAGUGCGAGCCGAGGAACGUGCUUUAUCUCGAGGGCCGUAAUUUGUUUAUAAGGACAAAACAUUAUCAUACUCUGAGGAAGUAUCAUAAUGGCAUGGUCGUGAAUCUUUGUCAGACAAGGGAUGCUUGGGCAGGUUGUAGAGGGUACAGUGUCGAUGAGAAGCUCCGGGUCCUGAAUAUCGUUAAAAGUCAAAAGACUCUAAUGCGCGAGGAAAAGGACUAUUAUGAGGAGGAUUCAUCAGAAAAGGAAGAACCUUUUGAUGGGCCAUGGAGCAGAAAGGUAAAAGAUAGGAAGUCUGCGCAGAACAAAAGUGCCCGUCAUUCAGGUUAUGUUGUUGAUUCAGGUUUGGAGUUUCCUAGGCAGUGGCAGCCUACUGCUGCAGAACAGGAUAGAUAUGGCAAACCAAAGUCGAAACCGAAGACAGCAACACUGAAAUUUCCUUUUGAUAAAACGUCUGUUGGGCCAUAUGCUUCAGGUUGUAAUGGGUUAGGUAUGACCUCUGCAUACAACACCUCUUCUCUCGCUAGGCACAAGUAUGGUUCUCAUUUGGUUCUUAGGUCAGAAGAUAAUAUGGAUGAUGAUGACCAGGAUCCACUCUUUGGAACAGGUUCUUGGCGGGAUCAGGAUAUUGUUGUUAGAAAGAAAUCUGGAUUCUUGAGGCUUGGAAAGAAACAUAAGUUUUCCAGGGAGGGAGAAAUGAAUUCCGAACAUUUCAUGGGUCCACCAUAUUCAGCAAGGCAGUCCCACAGCAAUGUUGCAAAGUCAAGCAAAUAUGCAAAUCAAAUGAAGCCCGUAAAAGGUAGUCUGGCAGACCUUCGUGGGAACUUCUAUCGACAUGGGAAGUAUCAUGGAGAUGAAUUUUCGGUUGACCCCAGAUAUAUAUCUGAUGACUUGAAUGGUAAAAGCAGAAAAAGGAAGUCUGAGAGGGACUCACCUGAUACUAGUUUGAGAACUUAUAGAGCUUCUAUGCAGCAAAUGAAUGAAAGGUUCUUAAAUUCUGAUUUUCGUGAGAACCAAGUGCAGGAUGGUGAAAAUUUAGAUGCCAGGUUGGUUUCUUGCAGUUCUGGGUCCAAAAGGAGAAAGGUUAGAGAGUCUUUGAUGGACAUCGAGAGGAGGGAGGAUGAUGGUCAUAUGCGGCUUUAUUCUGACAUCCAGCCGGUUUGUGAUAUUACUGCCUCAAAGAGAAAGGGAAAGAAGAAAAUGGAGGUUGAUGUUGAUUUUCUCGAUCUGGAAACCUCUGAAACACCAAAAGUAGGAAAGAGUGCAAGUGAAGCAGAGGUGGAAACCAAACCGCAGAAGAAGCCGUAUGUGUUGAUCACACCGACAGUUCACAGUGGCUUCUCCUUUUCCAUCAUGCAUCUUCUUACAGCAGUGCGUAUGGCAAUUACAAGCUCUUGUCCUGAAGAUCCAUUAGAUGUUAGCAAACCUAUGGCAGUGGAGACUACAGAACAUGAAGCUGGAGAAAAUGGUGCUCCCAUUCCCAAGGAUGCAGAGGAUAACAAGUCUCCACAGCAGGGAAGUGAGAACUUGCCAUCCCUCACUAUCCAGGAGAUUACUAGCUGUGUCACGUCAAAGCCGUUAGAUCCUUUGAUCCUCAAGGCACAAGAGCCGCUUCAGGAUUUGAUUAGAGGAGUUCUGAAGAUCUUCUCGUCGAAAACCUCACCUCUAGGGGCAAAGGGUUGGAAGCCACUUGUAGCAUUUGAGAAGUCCAAGAAAUGCUGGUCUUGGAUUGGCCCUGUUCUCAGUCCUUCGGAUCAAGAAACUGUUGAAGAGGUAACAUCGCCUGAAGCUUGGUGUCUCACGCACAAGAUGCUUGUCAAGUUGGUUGAUUCAUUUGCAAACUGGCUGAAAAAUAGUCAGGAAACUCUUCAGCAAAUAGGCAGUCUUCCCGAACCACCAUUGUCACUCAUGCAGUGUAACCUUGAUGAGAAAGAAAGGUUCAAGGAUCUGAGAGCACAGAAGAGUCUUAACACGAUUCCCCAGAGUUCUGAAGAAGCCAGAGAAUAUUUCCGCAAAGAAGAGUUUCUGAGGUACUCAAUUUCUGACAGAGCGUUUGUGUACACGGCUGCUGAUGGUAGGAAGUCGAUUGUUGCUCCUCUGAGAAGAGGUGGAGGGAAGCCAACCUCAAAAGCCCGGGACCAUUUCAUGUUGAAACGAGAGAGACCACCACAUGUCACAAUUCUCUGUCUUGUGAGAGAUGCCGCUGCCAGAUUGCCCGGUAGUAUUGGGACAAGAGCUGAUGUUUGUACCUUAAUAAGAGACUCACAGUAUAUCAUGGAGGAUGUAACCGAUGUACAAGUAAAUCAAGUCGUUAGUGGUGCAUUAGAUCGUUUGCACUAUGAGCGGGACCCUUGUGUACAAUUCGAUGCUGAUAGGAAGCUGUGGGUGUAUCUACACAGAGACAGAGAAGAAGAAGAUUUUGAAGAUGAUGGUACUUCGUCCACUAAGAAAUGGAAGAGGCCGAAGAAGGAAGCGGCAGAGCAAACAGAGGAACAAGAAGCUGUUGCUUUAGCGUUUAAUGGGGAUGAAGAGCAAACAGGAAACGAGAUGGGUUCAGAAAAGAAGACUGUGGAGCCUGCUGGUGUAGACUGGGAUCAAGGAGCAGCAGACCAACUUUGUAAUGGGGCUGAACAAGCUGCAGAGGAGGAGCAAUAUGUUGAGAACACUGCGCAUGGUAAUGAGACAACGAUGUGGGAGCCUGUUGUUUCAAAUCGUGUUGAGGAUAACACAUUUAUCUGCCAAGAGAACUCAGUGGCUGAUGAUUUUGACGAUGAAACAUGAUUGGUGAAAAUUCCAGAGGUUAGUCCCUUAGCAGAGAGAUAUGGUAUGGAUUUUAAUGGCGACAUUGAUUUGGGUUUGGUCCCAAAAGAUGUCAAAAAGAGUGAGAUGACACAGGCUCUGUCACAAACAUGUUGAAAAGGUUAUUCAUGUUGUUCUCAUGCUAUAUAUCUUGUUAUUUUUUAGAAAAGGGGAAGUUAGUGGUGGAGUUUAGUGAAUCACUCGUCAAUAAUAUUAAUGAAAAAUGUUUGAUCAGGUAAAAUUUAAUAUACAAGGUGAUGUUAAUAGAAAAAUCAGAAUUCGUUAUGAUGACUCAUGACAUUCAUGCAUUUCGUUAAAU